AUGCCUGGUAGAGCCUUCGCGCAAAACGUUUGCAACGUCCUUGGUUCGUUCAGAUUAACCAUAUUCCUCACUCUUUCCGUCUACCGACGGGACGCUAUGAUUGUCAACUUUGACAACACGCGAUACGUACACGGGCCCGUGAUCUUUGACAAUCUCCUCUUGCAAUUGACUCCCACCCUGGUCCCUGAGAGAUAUGCCCGGGAGCAAAACGAACAUAUAACAUCGAUAGGGGCAGCGAACAUGAGGAAAACCCCCAGAUAUGCUCCUUCCUACCUGCAGGACGCUUAUCAAAGAUUACCACCUCUGCGCGAGAGGGCGAGGCUUCAAGAUGCAUGGAGAGCUGAACGACUUGCUAAUAUCCCCGCAUUAUUGGAGAAGUAUGAAGUCGAUGCGUGGCUGAUGAGCCAGCGAGAGUACGCAGAAGACACCGUAUGGUGGUCAAUGAAACAAGCGACCGAGUUCGCACCACACAGACGUACCGUCGUUCUCUUCCACACCAACACCUCCUCCCUCGCCGGCCAACCGAACCCUCUCACCUGGGUCGACAACACCGGCUCCGUCUGGCCCGAACUGCUCUCCGUACUCUCCUCCUUCGACCCCCAACGCAUCGCGAUAAACACGCACGAUACCAUUGCGUUCGCGGGAGGGCUGCAUGUCGGGGAGAUGGAGGAGUUGAAAGUGCAGUUGGGGGAGAAGUGGAUGGAGAGGACGGUCAAUGUGCCGAUGUUGCCCGUGGAGUUUAUUGCGGCGAGGGUGCCCGGGCAAUUAGUGUGGUAUAAGAAGAUGAUGGAAUCGGUUUGGGCGAUGGUUGAAGAAGCUUUUAGUGAGAGGGUGAUUGAGCCUGGUGUCACGACCACUGUUGAUCUCGAGUGGUGGUUCCGAGAGAAGUAUCAAGCGCUGAACGCGACGACCUGGUUCCAUCCUAGUGUCUCUGUCGUGACUGCAGUGACGGGUCCCGGAUGGUCUGGGACGGGUACAACGAUUCAAGAAGGCGAUAUGUUGCACGUCGACUUUGGGAUCACUGCGCUAGGACUGAACACUGAUACACAGCACUUGGGAUACGUCCUUCGUACGAGUCAAGGCGAGACGGACGUGCCGGACUCCAUGAAGGAGGGCUUGAGGAAGAGCAAUAGGAUGCAGGAUAUUCUGCUUGAGAUGAUGGAGCCGGGGUUGCUCGGAGAUGAUAUUCUCAAGAAGAGUUUGAUGAAGAUGCAAGAGGAAGGCAUCGAAGGCAAGAUCUAUUCUCAUCCUAUCGGGGAUUGGGGUCAUAGUGCUGGGACCGUCAUGGGAUUCACGAACCUUCAAGAGCAUGUCCCCGUCCUCGGAGAACUCCCGCUCUUGCCGAACACCUACUAUAGCAUCGAGCUUUACGCGAGCCACUUCGUACCCGAGAAAGGCGGCGAUCUGGUAUUCAUGCAAGAGGAGGACGUUUAUUGGGUUGAUGAGAAGAGAGGCUGGGAGUUUGUUCGCGGGAGGCAGGAACGUUUCCACCUGGUCAACUGGACGGCGCCUGAUGACCCACUACCGGGAUUGUGUGAAUUGUAA